AUCAAAGCACAGAUCAGAACUGGACAUGGGCGGGGACUGCCAAAUGACUGGGAAGUGUUGAAAUGUGUUCUUUCUUUGUUAAUAGUCGACGUUUAUGACACAUUUUCUCUAGCAGUUUCGGUGUUUGCGAAAAUGUCUGCAGAUCAAAGAGACAAUGGCCCAGAAGGCAUGGAAGUUGAUGGAAUCAUUGAGAGCAACUGGAAUGAGAUUGUGGACAGUUUUGAUGACAUGAACCUGUCUGAGUCCCUGCUCAGAGGAAUUUAUGCCUAUGGUUUUGAGAAGCCAUCUGCCAUCCAACAGAGAGCAAUUAUUCCUUGCAUCAAGGGUUAUGAUGUGAUCGCUCAGGCCCAGUCAGGCACUGGGAAGACUGCCACCUUUGCCAUUUCCAUCCUCCAGCAGGUUGAUGUUGAGAUGAAAGCUACUCAGGCUCUGGUCCUGGCUCCUACAAGAGAGCUGGCACAACAGAUCCAGAAGGUUAUUUUGGCCCUUGGUGACUACAUGGGAGCCAGUUGCUAUGCCUGUAUUGGAGGGACCAACAUUCGCAAUGAGGUCCAGAAACUACAAGCUGAAGCCCCUCACAUUGUUGUGGGAACCCCUGGUCGUGUUUUUGACAUGUUGAGCCGCAAAAACAUUUCUCCCAAGAACAUAAAGAUGUUUGUGCUGGACGAGGCCGAUGAGAUGCUCAGUCGAGGGUUCAAGGACCAGAUCUACGAGAUUUUCCAGAAACUGCCCAGCAGCACACAGGUGGUUCUUCUGUCGGCUACCAUGCCAGUAGAUGUUUUGGAAGUCACAAAAAAAUUCAUGCGUGACCCCAUCCGAAUCCUGGUGAAAAAGGAGGAGCUGACCUUGGAGGGAAUUCGCCAGUUUUACGUCAAUGUAGAAAAAGAGGAGUGGAAACUGGAUACACUCUGUGACCUGUAUGAAACCCUGACCAUCACACAAGCUGUCAUCUUUAUCAACACAAGGAGGAAAGUCGACUGGCUGACUGAAAAGAUGUGUGCCAGAGAUUUCACAGUGUCAGCGCUGCACGGGGAUCAUGCCCAGAAGGAGAGGGACUUGAUUAUGAGGGAGUUCCGCUCUGGUUCCAGUCGAGUUCUUAUCACCACUGACUUGUUGGCCCGUGGUAUCGAUGUCCAGCAGGUGUCUCUAGUCAUUAACUAUGAUCUGCCAACCAACAGAGAAAACUACAUCCACAGGAUUGGUCGAGGUGGUCGUUUUGGCAGGAAGGGUGUAGCCAUCAACAUGAUUACUGAGGAGGACAAGCGGAUCCUAAGGGACAUUGAAUCUUUCUACAACACCACCAUUGAGGAGAUGCCCAUGAACGUAGCCGAUCUGAUAUAGAGAAAGCCGACAAGCUCUCUCUCUCUCUGCUGGCCAUUUUGUUUUAGAAGUCAACUUUCCCCCCUCCCCCCUACGUAUGACCACCUGAGCUAUAACCUCCUUGACACUCAGCAACAACAAUGAGCCAUGUGUCACCAUCUUUUGUAAUUAUAGAUCAUCAUUGAAGGGUAAAUUACUGAUCAACGUUAUCUGUUCUUGCCAUUUACCCAUACAGCACCUACACUUCUUCAUCCUGCAUUUAUUUGAACACUUGCACAGCAGUACUGCUGCAGAGUCAGGGCUUCAAAAAAAUGCAAGUCAUGAAUGGAAGCGCGACAAUAAACACAGCUGAGACGAUGGCGAACACAAAGCUUUAGUAAAGUGGCACCUAUCGAGGGCUGCCUUUGGCUGGAGUUCCCACUGGACUUUACAACAGGAAGUACUCUUUGACCACCUCAGUAUUUAACAGAGCUUUAGUGUCCUAAACACGUCAAUGUUCUUGUUUAAAAACUAGUUGAUGGGGCUGGUUGAAAGAACACGCAUUCAAUAAAAAGACCUAUCUAGAAAAAUGAUCACGAAUUACUUUUUUUACCAUUUUUAACCUUGUCUUGUUUUUCAUAACUUUUUCGAUUGUACACAUGGUUUGAUUUGUACAGUCGCCGGACCAUUAGCAUAUAUAUUUUUUUUUUUUGAAGACUGAUAAGCGAUCACCAUCGUGACGGUGAGUUUUGUGGAGUCCUUACUGCAAUGCUGAUUUUUUUUUUUUUUUUUUUUUUUUUUUUCCCAAUUCCUACAAACAUUUUAGACACCUUUUUAACAAGGUUUGAAUUUGAUGAAUUGGAGGUCCAUCUCUUUGCAGCCUUGCACAAAAUUUCUAGGUGGUUUGCUGUGUAACUUUGAAGGACCAAACUUUAGCGGAAGUACAGACAUUGAUCCUGUCCUGGGACCGAGUGUCUGGUUUAGAACACAUUUUGGUUUGUAUAGUCAUGGCUUUUUUUUCUUUUUUUUUGCAUAUUUUUUAAAAAUGAGUCUAUGGAGCUGUUUGCCUUUUUGAGACAGAAAACGGUGUAUUAAGGUUUUUUUUCUACAUUGGAUUCUGUAUAGUAUUUAUUGGUCUUUAAAAAAAAUAAAAGCAUCUCCUUAACAGUC